AUGGCGACUCUCAGCGACGAAGAUGUUGAGAAGCUCUUCUCCGGGGCCCCUCAGUACUUUGCUCGCUCCGAAGGCCAUUACACCGGUGCCCCGCACCCCUCAGUCGCCUUUCCCUGGGAUGAGUCUCUGGAGAUCCGCGACCUGAAUGACCAUGUCCAGAUCGAAGAUGCCGCCUGGAGCUGCAUCACUGCCUGGCCUCACAUCACCAGAGACAUGAACUCGAACCCCGCUGCCAUCAGAUGCUCCAAAGAGAGAAAGCGAGCCCAUUUCUGCCCGCGAUGUCGAGAACGGCCUAAUAUGCUGAGCAUGCAAGGGUUGGAGAAGGGCACUAUGGGAUACCAGGCUGCUCUCGAGAUGCCCGUUGGCGAUGCGCUCCAAGAAGAGCAAUUCGGCUUCGACAGCCUCGGGUCCAAGGCCAAUGUUGUUGUCGAGCAGCGCAAGAGGAUGCUGGCUUCCAAAGAUGGCCUACGCCGCCUUGAGGAAACGGCCAUCUUGGAUCAGCUUAUCAAGAACAGCGAGAGGUACAAGGAGAACAGUGUCAACAAGAAGAUCCACAACACCUUGUACAACGAAUUGUUCCUGGGCAUUUUGCAUCCCCCAACCCGUGUCAUCGACCACCACGAUCCAUACAGUCUUUCCGUGCAAAUCCAGGCGCUUGUCAAGGUCCUGGCUGCGCCCAAUGUCUGGAUUGACUUCUCUCAUGUCGAAUGGAGAAUCCGCUUGGGUCAAAUCUUGUGGGGCUCUUUCGAGGGCGACGACCUUGAAACGGAGGUUGACAUUGAGGACGCUGAGACUAACGAAGAGCGCAAGGAAGAGAGGUACUGGCUGUUGCUCCAGAUCCUCCUCGCAUGCGAGCUUCUCAUCAGACUAGACGCCAUCACGGAGGGUGAAGAGCUUGGCAUUGAAAGCAUCAGGCCAGCCGAGAUCAAACGGUUCGAGAAGGACGCGAAUGCGACAGUUAAGUGGUCGUUGCACCUCGCGCGGGCUUGGCUUGAGAACAUUGAGAUUAUCGAGAGGAAGGUCGAUCCGACAAGCACCCAAAAGCGCAACUCAGGUGGAUGGCUCGCAUCUUUGACUGGAAAGAUGAGUCUGCACCCCAACAACAUCCACGCUCAUCCACACGACAGCGUCUCCGUCUACACCAUUCAGGGACGCUACAGCGAACGACAGGUCAAUGGUUUGACGAAUUUUGCGAGGAAACUGCGCUGGCCCGAUAUUGAAUCGGACUCGUACGCCGAGCAGAUCUCGGACACGGCCAACAAGGUUUCGGAGGCGACGCCGAUACACACACCCGCGGAAACACCAAUGAGCAUUGAUACAAAGAGAUCAUCCUAUUUCGGCGGCGGUCGGGCCGAAGCAAAGGUCACUCGUCAUCCACACGGGAAGCAUAAGAUUUCUGCUGCAUUGCACCCUUCAGGUUGGCUGUCAAAAUCUUACGUUUCCGGCUUGAUGCUACCUGGCGAAGGAUUGUAUCACUUGAUCAUGUCCACUCUCUUGGAAAACGAUAAGGAGGCGAUGGCCAAACUGGGACCAAUGGCUAACCUCUGUGGUGGGUUUGUGUAUCGUGGAAAGAGUUUCUGGAGUACAGCAUGCAUUAUCGGCCGUGUCCUGGCCGCUGGCCAAGGCUCUGCUCAGUGCAUGGGAUGGAUCUCGAGCGACAUUAUCCCCCAAGGCCAUGGGGACGGCUGGGUCAACAUCGAUGUUGCCGAAGUACCAGGUUUGUCAGAAUCUCAAGCGGUCUCCUUGAAUCAUGCUAACGGCCUUCCAGAGGACAUGAAGAAGACUGGCAAGCAGGCCAGGCUCUGGGGGAAGACCCACGUCGAGCGCGAAUCCUGUGUCUUGGGCGACGCGGAUCCCAACUCAGUGUUGCCCGCUGACUUUAUCAUCCCCUACGAGAACAAUUAUGUCGAGCCGCCCCCCAGUCUGAGCAUCUCGUUGCUGUCACUCGACCUGUCCGCCCCGGUGGAUUCAGCCCGGUCCACCCCGACAGAAGAGACGGUGAUGACUCCGUUCUCUGAUGUGACUAGAGCCCCCGAACUCUACACAUACCCGUCGUCCAUCUCGUUUUCCGUUGGUCCCCUUGGAGGUGAGGCGAAGGAGCACACCUUUGCGCUGACUAAAGACAUCCACUUCGUCACGGCUCAUCCGUGCCAUCCGUCCUCUCAUGUCAGAGUCUUGAGGUCGCCAUCCAGCCCUACUAUUCAGCAAAUCGAUGUGGACGGCAGCGGCAUCGGCGGCCAGGGUUCCAAGCCGGCCACCAUCACGGGACACCCCCUGCACAAGUUCUUCACGUACACCGUCAUUCACCUUUCGGAGCUCCUCGAGAAGCCUGACGCCUCGCUGAAGGAUCUCCUCGUCAACACGUCAUCCGUUCGACGGCCUUCUCUCACCCCCACCCCGAACACCACACCCCGUGUUCUGGUGAUUGACUGCAUAACCGGCUUCAAGCGUCAGCCGCCCACACAGGAGACGCCCACCUCUCCCAUUCUCGAGCGUACAGCCAACGGCGCCAACCUCGCAAUGGCGAACAUGCACCUCGAGUCGCGGCGUCGGCAGUUUGGUAGCGACAUGGAGAUUCUAGUCCGGGCCUUUUGUGCGGAGAAGGGCUGGAAUGCCAUUAUCUCGAGGCGCAGACGGGGCUGCCUCGCUUGCGCCAUCAGGGAGGCCGGCGCACUGGCCUGGAAGGUCAUCAUCCGUGUUGACUAG